AUGACCUUCUUUUCCCGGCUCAAUCCCGUCCCAUCCUUCCCAGCCUACUCAGGACCCUACAAGGUCGGCACCUUCGACUAUGAGGUACCAGUCCACGAGCUAUCGAAGUCGAUAUCACCACCAGACCCCGCAAUCACUACUAUACGCUUCCGCUUGUUCUAUCCUUGCGAGAGAGAAACAGGAAAGAUAAAGCCCCUGCACUGGCUACCAGAGCCGCAAGGAGAACAUUUGAGAGCCUUCUAUCGCUUUUGUCAGGCAACUCCAUGGCUUGCUACCCUUCUAAGCCAUUUGUGUGGAUCGCUAGCAAGUCAUGGCCUUGUUGUGGUCGCCCCCGAGCAUAGAGAUGGCAGCGCACCUAUCUCAAUUAUUAAGGAGACAACGAAGAGCAAGGGAGUACCUAUACAUUACAAAACUCUGGCGCAUCAGCCUACACCAGAGGUUGAAGAGGGCCGAAAUGAGCAAUUGCGGAUCAGGUGCUGGGAAUUGGCACUUGUUCAUCAUGCGCUGCUAGAAAUUGACGUAGGUAGAGCCUUGACGAAUACUCGGACUCCUGGUGCAAGCACAGAGGUUGCCUCACACUUCCAAGGUCGCCUUGAUGUUCACACACCGGGCAGGAUUGCUUGGGCAGGUCAUUCAUUUGGAGCAACGACUACCGUCCAAUUCAUCAAGUCCAUCUUUCACGGCGGGUCACACUUGUUGAAGGUGCCUCCUGAAAGUCAGCUAUCUAAGCAGAUCACACCAUCUUCGUCAAUAUCCUUGCUUGACCUCUGGGCAAUGCCCUUGUUCCCACAAAGCUCUUCGCUCUGGGCGAAGCGACUGCCAGCCUUCUCCGCCAAGUCAUCGCAAUCAGCUUCCCCUCCCUUAGCCAUACUUUCUGAAGGCUUCUACAAGUGGUCCUCAAAUCUUCGGCAGACUAUUCUCGCCAUAUCAGGCCCAGAGUCCUCGUCAAUAAAACCAUGGAUUUCCUACCCAGUAAAAUCCGCGCACUUGUCGCAAUCGGAUUUUGGUAUCUUGUUUCCGUGGCUGACGAAGAAAGCGCUGAAGGUUGAGGAGCCAGAAAGGACCUUGAAGCUCAACGUCCGCGCCAUUCUAGAGUCUUUGAGAAGAAACGACAUCGAAGUCGCAGACACAAGCCAAAUUGAUAUGGAGACAGCAGAUGAAUUGGAGCAAAAAGAGCACACAGCGCUGGGGACUACAAUGAUGGGGCAAGAUCACAAAAUAUUGGCUGCAGAUGGGGGCAUCCGAGGAUGGAUCGCCAUCGACCCUGAUCAAGAGCUGCAAAAGAGGUCCGUAACUUUGAGUCGAACGACAACGACGGCAAAUGGGGACGCCAAUAUCAAGACGCCAAAUGGGUCUGUUGCAAACGGCAGUGUGACAAAAGUCAAAGCAGAGGGUGGUCCAGGCCAGCAGGCCAUGAAGAAGGAGAUGAGCGAUUGA